CAAGACACUUCUUACAGAGCAGCAUUCAGAUCAGUUUAAGACGGAUCGUGAAGUGUGUAGCAGUGAAAAUGAAUAAGUGUGAGCGGUUCAUCUUUCUUUUGAUGUACAUCAUUGUGUUCAUCGACUCUUCCAUUGGAAUGUCGCCAUGUGUCACAGUUGAUGGUUUGGAUGGAAAUUGUGUCCCAUUAGAUAGUUGCAAUUGGAUCCUUGCUAAAACUACUUUAAUGAAAGAUGUAAUUUCGCAGAGUGAAUGUGGUAUGUUACCCGACUUUUCACCUUUAGUAUGUUGUGCAAAGUGGAGAAAUGCUGAAAACUGUGGACGUCUAGAGCACACUUCGGAAAUUGAGAGAUUUCCAUGGGUCGUGGACGUUAUUUACCACAGAAAAAGGUCAUUCACUCAAGGAUGUGCUGGAUCAUUGAUCAACAGCCGAUUCGCCUUGACAGCAGCUCAUUGUAUUUCAGAUCUGUCAUUUAUAUUGACACCAUACAGCAUCAGAGUGAAGAAGGAUUAUCGUACUUAUCAAGACUACAAAAUUCUUAGAAGCAUCAUUCAUCCAAAUUACAACAAAUAUAGUAUCAACAAGGAACACGAUGUAGCUCUUCUCAAGUUGACUGGCAAAGUUACAUUCGACGAAUAUGUUCAACCGAUUUGUCUGCCACGAAAGGAAGAUCACGAUGAGAGAUCACUAUCUGAAGGACAACUGCUCACUAUAUUUUCAAAGGGUCCACCAGUGAUAGGUAUUGUAAAUAGGCAGAAACAUGCUAUAGCAAUGAAAUUGAGAAAUUCAUCGGUGUGUGACAAAAUAUACAAAGAUGUUCGCAUAGAGCUGAAGACGUCGCAGAUCUGUGUAGGAGGUGAGCCUGGAAAAGAUUCCUGCCCGGGAGAUUCUGGAAGUCCAUUGAUGCAGCAGAUAAUUGAUUUAGUGCCCCUUCGUUGGAGUCAAGUAGGCUUAGUGAGUUUAGGCCCGCAAAAGUGUGGUGGAAAGAUUCCUGGUAUCUACGUUAGACUGGUCGAUUAUAUUGACUGGAUCGAAGCAACCGUUGAUCAUGUUGAUUAGAUUGGUACAAUGGGUUAUCGGCAUCAUGUAGACCGAACAGCCGAUGAAAACAGUCAAGAGAUAAGAACAGUCCUGAAAGACGAAACGUACAGAAAUGGUUCUAAUUACAGUGUUUCACAGAAACAAACAAGCAGAAGUGUGCUCGCUGCCAAGUAACGACAUGUGCAAAUUGUUCUUGGGAAAGACUGACAGUUUUUUUUCUAAUCGUGUCCAGCUGAGAAUGGUCUUGUUCUGCUCACGAGCGAAUGGAAAAGUAAAACGGGAAAACGAAAGCAUCACGCCGUCACGGAACAGACAAAGCUGCGAAUACUGCUGAAUAUUCAUAAGAAAGAUGACAAACAAGGGAUAAUGUCGAUAAUGUGUGUGCUCGGAUCAGAAUGUGUAAAUUGAUGAUGAUGGAUUGAAGCUAGACACAAAAGUCGUAGACUGCGUAUAGGUCGUACAAUUUAUGGAACCGAUCGCGGUAUGAAGUGAAAAGUGAAUGAACUAUGGCUAUGUACUUAAGUGCUAAAAUUAUCAAUUUACAUAACAAAAUUAUUAUCGUAGCAAACAGAUGCUUUCUGGAAUUAAUGUUGAUUAAGGUUGAAAGACGUGAUGAUAAAUAUAUAAAAACAAUAAAGAAUAAGACAGCUUAAGACUGUUGGCUGUAGACCCUUUAUAAGGCCAAGAAAACCAAGCAUGCAAUCAACUCUUACUAGAUAAAGUUCAAGUGGUGUAAGCAUCAAAAAUAAAUUUAGUUUUUAUAAAAUAACUAAAAAAAAAUGUACGAAGAAAUUUGGUUAAAAUUUUUGAUUUUCUUCAAAACUGCUCAAAGAGGUGUAUUUUUUUCUGAGCGUGUAUUAAAAUACAUGCAAUUUUAAGUACUGAUUGAACAGAUAUUCAAGGUUUAUCUGUAAAAUUUUAAGGUA